GCUUGGGCAAAAAAAAAUCGGCUGCAGCGCACGGCAGUGCAACGAACGAUAUACGAGGAAAGACAGAUUCUCUAUAGAUCGCUAAUCGCAGCGCCAAUUUAAACGAGCAGUUCUACCUGCUCUCAAAGCACAGCACCAGACCUGCAGAGGCCGACGGCAGCGAGCUGCAAAAAUGAACAACGUCAAAGCCAUCCUCCUGGCCCUGCUGGGUGCAUGGUUAUUAAUAGGCACGCGCUUCGCCCAGCACCACCACUUGACCGCGGAGGAGUUGGAAAGAGACGCCGAAAAAGCACUCGAAUUCGAGCGGCGCGAGUGGAUUGCUGGCGAGAAGUUCGUCGAGCACGAGUGGUCCAUUGUGGAGGGCGCGGUGGAGCGGGAAGCCAGACUGGGCGCCGAGGCGGCGAAGCGCGUCCUCGAGCGCUUCGAGGCGCCGGAAGCCAAGCGUCUGCAGGAGCGCUUCGAGGCGCCGCCGCCGCCAGUCCCGACCGAACUGACCCACGACCGCUGGCGUAGGGUAGGAAGGCCACCGAUCAAACUGCCCGACGGCCCCUUCGUGAAAGAAAAUGACGCCUUACAUGGAGACGUGACGACGCACUGGCGGGAGAACCCGGAUUUUCGGGCACGGGUUGAGCGGUCCCGCGACAAAACCGUUUCUGAGCCGGGCUGCGACUGGCGCCAGUGCUUCGACGACCGGAAGAAGGCCAAGUGCCUGCAUUUCUGUCGGGAGGAUGCGAGACAUGGUGACGAGGCGCCCUCUACCUAUGUACCGGACCCCGCUGCUAUCAGAAAGCGGUGGCUCGCGGAACGCCAAACGACGUGGCCUGCAUUACCGAAGGAGCUCUGCGAACCAUACACGGUGCAGGGCGCCAAAGGACCGGAUACCAAUAAACGAUUGCUCGACGAAGCUCCAAUCAAAGCAUCACCGUUUGUGGAAAGAAAAGGCCCGCGACUCCUCUGCGUCAUGUACACGACAGCAGAAUCACAUGCGACGCACGUCCGAGCCGCGGUCGAGACGUGGGCGCCCGGGUGCGACGGGUUCGUCGCGUUCAGUACCGAACAUGACCCGUCACUCAACGCCGUCAAGAUCGACCAUGCGGGAGAAGAGGCCUACAUGAACAUGUGGCAGAAGCUGCGGAGCAUCUGGGCUUAUGUACAUGAACAUUACUCAACAGAUUACGACUUUUACUUCGCCGGCGGCGAAGAUCUCUAUGUCCUGCCACAGAAUUUGAGGGAUUUCCUGACGGGAAGGGAUCCGUCUUCGCCUCAAUUACUGGGGAGGAGGUUUCGAGAUUAUGGAAGGAAUCUGUUCAAUUCCGGUGGCGCUGGGUACGUGUUGUCGAGGGGCGCUUUGUCCGCAUAUGCGAAACACAAGGACGAUGCCGUGUGCAUGCCUUCCCUGAAGACGCCGACCGAAGAUGUUCAGAUCGCGAAAUGUUUGAAGAACACCGUUGGUAUCGAGCCUGAGGAUACGCGGGAUAGUGAGGGCAGGGAACGGUUCCACCCCUUCGCCCCUGGGCACAUGUUGACGAUCAAGCCCCCAGCACAAGGCCAGCCGCGCGACUGGUUUUAUGAUUACACGAAGGAGUGGCCGCCGCUACCGGGCGCCGAGUGCUGCUCCUCCGGCAGCGUCUCUUUUCAUUAUUUAAAGAAGCCGGCGAUGGUGCGGCACGUGCACGCGGUCCUCUAUGACUGUCCUAGUAAAUUGUGAGUUUUAU